UCUCUCAACACCGACAGGGCACAAACACAAUUAUCCGCACAAGGGCAGCGCGAGCAAACACAAAAGAGGGCCGUGUGUGUGCUCGGCGAGCCACCCCCUACUCUAACCACCGGGGCAGAGUGUACGACAAGCUCCCUGUGUUCGGCUGGGAGAAUCGGAAUAGGCAGCAGCAACCUUUUUCUUCAUGAAAUCUUCCGUCCUCCUCGCCGCCGGGAUGGUUGUGGGCUCAGUAAAGGCUUCGCCCUCCGCCCCGAUGCGGUUCAUGGAGCACCUUCACGGCUCAGGGGUGGACUCACAGUCGCCAGAUCGAGGAGGGGAGGGGCUGCAGCUUUACGUGUCUAAGAGAGCUUGGGUAGAGGACCGCGCCUGCACGCGUCUCUCCCGCACGCCCCAUCUCAUCACGACGAGCCAAUCGACCUGGUUUCCCACCGCGGUGGAAAUGGCCGAGGGCUUUUAUUCUGCGGACGUGGCCGCCCUCGCAUGCUGAACAAAAAAUAGCUCAUUGCAAGGGCACGUCAUUUUGGUACGAAGCAUUGUUGUGGUGGUGCAUGGGAUUUCCGAUGUGACGAGCUCGGUGGCACAACAGCCGGGGUCAAGACGCGUCGGAGUUUUGCUGGUUGGCGCACAUCACGUCGAUGCCAUCUGUUGACAGCAGUUGCUUGGUCUUCCGUCACUUUCGGAUUUGGUGGAAGAGCGGAGGGGCCGCCGCCAUAGCGGAUGGAAGGGAGGGAAGGGGGAGUCGUCUCUGCGUAUCUGGUUUUCAGCUGGAGUAUCUUGGUUACCGAUAUCACAACACAUAUCGGCCUACGAAUUAUUUCGCCGGUUCCGGUCGUGGGAACUACAGUAUAUGUUACGAAGGAGGUAUUUGUACAGAUGUGAAGAAGAAAAUGCGGGGAUACCGCGCAAGAAGUUUGCCUGUUCCUUCGGCGAUGUAUAAUUUGUCGAUAUUCUGGCCAUGCCAGUGUACUUAAUAUUUAAGAACCUUUGCUCCGCAUGAGUGUGUUAAGCGGGCAAGGAAGGUAUGGCAACAAGCGCUGUUUGCCCAUCAUCCAUGGUUUCGUUGUUGGUGACGUUUUUGUCUGUGGUUGGAUCAUUAUCCUCUUCGACACUUUAUUUUGUGUGUUUUUUCAGGUGCUGUUAGCAAGUAUAGACCAUUGAUGUCUGUGACUAGCGAGCUGCCGGAAAGACUGCUGCUGCUGCUGCUGCUCCUGCCGCUGCUGCUGCUACGUGUCUAGUCUAUUGCCUCUCCUCGCGGGGCCACCUAGCUCGGCGAGGUCACCUCGCUCGCGUUCCGAGCAAGCCCUAUGGCUUGUGUUCGUGCGGCGUAGGUUGCCCUGGAUGUGGUGUAAGAGAGUGUCCACCUAGCGAAGCGACGGGUGUGAAGCUGUGCGUGAUGUCCUCUGUUUUUUGCUUGUUGAUACCGAAAGCACGGAAGGUGCCCGGGGACCAUGUUGCUAGUGGGGCGGGCAGACGGAAGGAAAUGCCUGUGUUGUGGGUCAUGAUAAUGAUUUGGAUUCGAUUAUGGCCACCGAUCAAUUAACGGCAAGGACAGGGGGGGAUACAGUCGGGGGGAAGAACCGGAGUACGAGGGUGCUGGCCCUGCCUCUGUUGUGUAAAGACACGACCGCCGAAAACGAAGUCGGCGUGGCCUGGCGGUUGCGCGAUCUACGAGUUUUUGGAAACGGGCAGUCAGUCCAGUGAAAACCACGGCACCUUACCCGCUCGCGGGCCGUUCCUCUCCCCGUCCGGGCCGGGUUUGUUGUGAUGGUCGAGUCACCAAUUGGGCUGAAUUGGAUUACGACCGUUUUCGUACCCGACGAAGGGGAGGGGAGGGGGGUAUCGACAUGUACAGAGUGGAAACAAGGACAGCAGCGGGGGGAUGGAGUUUGAUGCGACACGGCGCCACAGGCCCGGGGGCCCCUGUGUGCAGAGAAAGAGUGGACCCAAAGUUCGCCAGGGAGAAACCGUCGUUUGUGUUGGUUCCGCGUGUAGUGCGCCGUAGGUUGAUGUAUCGCCCGUUUCACCUGUGUGCGGGCAUGUUGGGUGUUCAACGGCCCAUAAACGUCGCCGUAGCCCACCCGCGCAAGCGAUCUGACGGGGCGAGAAGUGGCGGGGGUUUCAACAAAUUUGUGAACACUCCGCAUUGUGUGGACAGGGGGGAGGGAGCGGCCCGAGCAUCCAGCAAUGGCGAGAUACAGAUGACUUCCGCAAGACGUAAGACAACAAAUCUGAAGAUUUGAUGGAAGCUGUUUUUUCCGACUUGUUGGUGGAGACUCUGCACCGUAUCCACAUGAAAG